UUUUCUUUCUUUGGUUUACGAACUUGCUUCCUUCCUUUUUUUGCUAAACCCCAUCGUGGCAUUGUAUCUGAUUAAUCUUCAUCGCAUACUGAUUGAUCGAAAUGUCAGGCGGUUUAGACGCACUCGCACUCCGUGAAGCCGAUGUUGCUAAAUUUUUGGCAUGCGGCACCCACUUGGGAACAAGUAAUUUAGAUUUCCAGAUGGAACAAUACAUCUUCAAGAGAAAGGCCGAAGGUACAUAUAUCAUCAACUUGAGAAAAACAUGGGAAAAGUUGCUGUUGGCUGCCAGAGCAAUUGCAGCCAUAGAAAACCCAGCCGAUGUUUGUGUUAUAUCAGCUCGUCCUUAUGGUCAGAGGGCUGUUUUGAAGUUUGCAUCAUACACAGGUGCAACUCCAAUUGCUGGAAGAUUCACUCCUGGUGCUUUCACUAACCAGAUUCAAGCAGCUUUCCGUGAACCAAGACUGCUUGUUGUGACUGACCCAAGAACUGAUCACCAGCCAGUGACUGAAGCUGCAUAUGUGAAUAUUCCUGUAAUUGCUCUAUGCAACACUGACUCACCACUGAGGUACAUCGAUAUUGCAAUCCCGUGCAACAACAAAAGCAUCCAGUCCAUUGGUCUCAUGUGGUGGCUGUUGGCCAGGGAAGUUCUGCGCCUUAGAGGAACCUUGAGCUCUGAUGUCCCAUGGGACGUCAUGGUUGAUCUCUUCUUCUACAGAGACCCCGAAGAGAAUGAGAAGGAAGAACAAGCUGCUAUUGAGCAAGCCAAGGGACCAAAAGAAGAGUUUGCUGAAGCAUACCAACCUGAGGUUCCAUUCAGCACUGAGCAAUGGGGAGCAGACUCGGUAGCACCACAGCAGCCAGCUUUUACAACCGAUGACUGGUCAGCUACAGACACGGGCGAUUGGUCGAAUGCAGUCCCACCUGCGAGUGCAGCUCCAACCACAGAGUGGGGAGGCGCCACCACUGGCGAAGCUUGGGAUUAAAGAACACUCGACCAUCGAAUGUUCCGUUUGCUCUCCUAUCAGUUCUUUAAAGAAUUGGUAUGUUGUUAUUUGUAACAUGUCAGCAAAAGACGAAACUCACUAAUCAGAGAAAUUUUUUAUGAAAUAAAAAAAAUAAACAUUUUGAACAGUGUUAUUGUUGAUUUUAAACUACAGUGAUACACGAAAAUGAUUUAACUUUACAUAGAUUGAAUGAUUAGUAUAUGAAGCAAUCAUUGAUAAUGUAACAAGUCUCACAGUUAAUGGAAAGAAAAUUAUUCGAAUGAAAACAAAAAUUGAAAAUUCGUAAAAAAUUCGAUUGGUGUUGUAGUCCAUCUGUUGUUAUUGCAAUUUAUAGUUUGGUGUGGUUAUGUUGGCUUGUAUAACAGCGUAGUCACGUAUUUCUUCCUGUAUCUGUGGGUGCCACUCAUCACUAUCACUCCAUCCUUGAUGGAGAGAGCAUAGAGAUGGUUUAGCAUGACGUGAUUUGGUUCUGGUAACAGUGUAGGCUCGCACUGCAAGGGUGAUCCAGUAUUUAGAAUGACCUGCAAAAGUUGCGGUGGUAGCGUGGGAGGUGCCGUUAUAUUUGCCGAGUGGGAUUUCGCCGGGAUAUCCUGAGUGUACGAUCCAGGUGGAGAUUUACUGAAUCCUGAUCUUGAAGAGUCAGCCCCCAUGCUAUCAUGGGCCAGGGCUUCAAAAACUUCAAAAUCUGAUGGCUUCACUUCGAGAGUGUUGUACUCUUCACCAUUUUCUUUCACUAUCUCUUUCUUUUUAUCACAUGUCCAAUGGCCAUCAACCAGAAAUUUAUAUUUGUAUGUUCCUUCAGGUAAAUUGACCACAGUGCAAAAAUUGUGUGAACUUUUAACCAUGGGCAGUUUAGUUGUACCGUCAUCAAAAGUAACAAAAACCGUGUGACAAGGAUUAUCCUUGUCAGUCUCCCAUUUUAUAACACUCGGUAACUUUCUAGGCUCGGUGUCUGCUGGAUCUAAAGGUUGCAUUGUAUUUUCUGUGUCGUCAGAGCCAAAAAACAUUUUAGGAGAUGUGUCAUAUUCAGCAUCUUGUUGUCCUGGAUAACCGUGUAUCUGCUUGGGAUUGAACAGGGUUGGACCCCCAUCAUCCAAUUGUUGCAUUCUAUCUCUUCCUCCUGUAUUGCCCAUCUUGACUUGUUGAUUUGAUCCACACUCCACAGGAUUCUUAUUUUUCUUAUAAUUUCAGGAAAAAACCAACUCGCUCAGCUUGAAAAACCUCAAAAUUAAAAAGAUUCAGAAAACGAUUGAAAGAAUUAAUUACUAAUCUUCAAAUUCGGCAUUAAUUCACUAUAAAAUUAUUAAAUUGAUUCAACUCGACGGACGAUUUCAC